AGAGAGAGAGAAUGUGGGGCCAGGGAGAGGAGAAAGAAAAGGUGUGAGUGAAUAACUGGUUCUGUGGCCAGAGAAUAAAAGAACUAGAGAACCACCUCCACCCUGAGGGAGGGGAGUUUAAAAGGAGGGCUGAAUGCCUGAGACACCUCACUGAGGUCAGACAGCCCUGCUGCUAUCCUGUCCUGGCUUGUCCACGUGCAUCACUCUGAUUCUCCCUCCUCUCCAUCUCUCCCUCUCUGAUUCUCCCUCCUCUCCAUCUCUCCCUCUCUGAUUCUCCCUCCUCUCCAUCUCUCCCUCUCUGACCCGUACUCCUCUCCAUCUCUUCCUCUCCAAAUCACUGUCUCCAACUCUCCCUCCACCUCUCCCCUCUCCGUCUCCCCUUCCACCAUGAGCCUGAGGUCCAAGCAUAUCUCCAGCUCCAGUGACCAGCACAGCAGCCCUCUCCACUCUGUCUCAGUCAACAUGAGCCUGCUGGCCCCCCUCAAUCUGGAUAUCGACCCCGACCUGCAGGUCGCCCGCAUCCACGAGAAGGACCAAAUCAAGGGCCUCAACAACCGCUUCGCCUCCUUCAUCGACAAGGUGCGUUUCCUGGAGCAGCAGAACAAGAUGUUAGAGACUAAGUUUGAUCUGCUGCACGGUAAGCAGACGGGUCGCUCCAACAUCGAGCCUCUGUUCGAGGCCUACAUGGCCAACCUCCGCCGCCAGAUGGACCUGGUGAACAACGACAAGACCAAGCUGGAUGGAGAGCUGAGGAACAUGCAAGGUCUGGUGGAGGACUUCAAACACAAAUACGAAGACGAGAUCAACAAGAGACAAAAUAUGGAGAACGAAUUUGUGAAUCUGAAAAAGGAUGUGGACUCGGCACACAUGGUGAAGGCAGACCUGGGAGACAAGGUGGGAGCUCUGACUGAUGAGAUCAACUUCCUCAGGUUCAUCUAUGAAGAGGAGCUGCGUGAGCUGCAAGCCAGUAUCAGGGACACCUCUGUGGUGGUACAGAUAGACAACAGUCGUGACCUCAACAUGGACCAGAUCGUGGCUGACGUCAAGGCUCAGUAUGAGGACAUCGCUGUUAAGAGCCGAGAGGAGGCUGAGAUGUGGUACAAGUCCAAGUUGGACCAGAUUGCCAUCCAGGCCACGCAGUAUGGAGACGAGCUGAGGAACACCAAGGGAGAGACAGCCGAAAUCAACCGCUUGAUCGUCCGUCUGCAGAGUGAGAUAGAGGCUGUCAAACAACAGCGUGCCAACCUGGAGAACCAGAUCGCUGAUGCUGAGGGCCGUGGGGAGCUGGCUGUGAAGGAGGCCAAGUCCAAGAUGAGAGAUCUGGAGGAUGCUCUGCAGAGGGCCAAGCAAGACAUGGUCAGGCAGCUCAGAGAGUACCAAGACCUGAUGAACAUCAAGCUGGCCCUGGACAUAGAGAUAGCCACCUACAGAAAACUACUGGAGGGAGAGGAGAGCAGGAUUGGACAUCAAUCUAUUGUCAAUAUCCAGUCGGUGUCCAGCUACAGUUCUAAGAGCAGCUGUAACAAAUACCACAGCAGCUUCAGCUCAACACCCAAGCUGCUGAUUAAAACGAUUGAACAACGAGGAAGCUCCAGAUUCAGCUCUCACUGAGGAGCCCUCAGAUCCUUCUGUCUGAGGAUGAAGAACCAUUACCGGUAUAUCACAGUUUAUAUCACAUGUAUUGCUUCUUUUGUUUAUGUGCAUGGAGAGUAUACCAUAAGAUCAUGAUUCAAUAUCUAAUAGUUGUUUGUAGCUAGAUGGAUACAAACUUUUGUCUUUGUAUUUUCAUUACAGAAAGAACAAAUUUGCAGUUUCAACUGGUCAUUUCAUGUUAAUGUAAAAUGUUACGUUUUUUUUUUUAAACAAAGCUCUUGUUACUUGCUGUAACACAUGGGAUGGUGUAGAAGAUUUUAAAUAAAGAACAAGAGAGUGCUCAAGGCC